UUUGAAGGGCGUGAUACAUGUCUCUAUUUGUACCCUUAACAAUAACAAAUAUUCCAUUCUGAGUGCUCUCUCCAAUCUCAAAUCUCAUUCCCUUCACAAAAUCUCUGAAGCCACAAACUUGUUCUUUCGCACUUGUAUUAAUUGCUUCCAAACUCUCUCUCUCUCUCUCUUCUCUCUCUGCCCCAAAUAUGGAGGCCAUCACUGCUUCCUUAGAGAGGUCUCUUCAAAACUGUUCCCUAAACAACCACCACCACCACCACCACCAACAGAACGGAAGGAGACAAGACGACGGUUCCGCCACCACAGAUGCACCGGCCGCAGAAGGAGAAGGAGGAGGCAUAGGAAUCUCAUCCACCAGCUCAGAAGAUAAUCAUCCCAUCUCCAACAACAACAACAACAACUCCGACACCACGUUAGAGCUCAACUCCCACAUCUCCCUCCCUUACCAUUGGGAACAAUGCUUAGACUUAAAGACGGGGGAGAUUUAUUACUUAAACUGGAGGAACGGAAUGAAAGCAAAGGAGGAUCCGAGAAUAGUAGCAGAAAGGGAUUGUGAACAACAGGAGUCAGAAUCAGAAGAUGAUGAAGAAGAAGAAGAGAGUUUGUACGAAGAUAGUGAAGAAUGUUCAUCAGAGUGCUCAACGAAUGAGAGAGGAGAGGUAAUAGAGAAAGAGAAUGUUCUGGUAGUGGCUGGUUGCAAGAGCUGUUUGAUGUAUUUCAUGGUGCCAAAACAAGUUGAAGACUGCCCAAAAUGUAAUGGUCAACUUCUCCACUUUGAUCGAUCCGAAAAUUGCUCCCCUUGAUUAUUAAUUCAACCCUUUCUCUCUUUUCAUUUUUUA